GUAUGGUUUCGGCGUGGUGUUUAACGGUCUGACUCUGGUUCUGGGUCGAGAGGCUCGAGGUCUCACGGUUCACUGCGGUCUGAUGCACGGACACAACGUCUUCUCUCUGGGGCUGGUGCUGGUCACUGCUGCUCUGGGUUUAUUGGUGGCCUUCAUCCUGAAGUUCAGAGACAACAUGUUCCACGUUCUGACGGGUCAGAUCAACACGGUGCUCGUCACCGGCCUCUCCUUCUUCCUCUUCAACUUCCACCCCUCGCUGGACUUCUUCCUGCAGGCGCCCGUGGUGCUGCUGGCCAUCUUCAUCUACAGCGCCAGCAAGCCCAAAGACCUGGAGUUCAGCCUGCAGCAGGAGAAGCUGAGGGUCAUCAACGGGGAGGUGUUCGAGAGGUCUAGAGGGGUACGUAAAAAGAACCUCACACACACUCAGCGUCACUCCCCUCACACACUCAGC